AUACAAUUAACAAGUGUAUUAUUGCAUCGGAAUGAGUUUUUGGAAUCCUCUUGGAGCCAUUACUACAUUAUUUUACUAUUUAUUUAAUUUAUUAAUCCCAUUUUCAACUCUUUUGAAAGCUUUAAUAUUCCUUUAUAUACAGGAUUCUUUUUCCCUCGUUAAUGUAAGAACCACAAACAAGGAAAAAAAGAAGAGCAGUUGACAAUAUGGGUAUAUGCGGAUUCGUUAGUUGUAUAUCCUCUGCAUCUUUUGAGAUUCAACCUGUUGAUUUUGGGAAUGAAAAUGUGGUUCACUAUGAGGACAGCAACAUUAAUAGAUACCAACAAGUUGGUUCUGUUUUUUCUGAACAAGGAAAUAAAGGACUCAAUCAAGAUUCUGCUAUUCUCUAUCAGGGGUAUGGUGUAGAAAAUGGAGUUUUUGGUGGAGUUUUUGAUGGACAUGGAAAGAAUGGACAAAUAGUCAGCAAGUUUGUUAUGAAUAAAUUGCCAUCUUUGCUGUUGAAAUAUAUACUCUCUCUGCCAAAGAUCACUUCUCCAAAACAAAAUGUCAAAGUUGUUGAUGAUGAAUCAGUGAAGAACAAGAAUUUUAACAAAUGGAAAGAGGCUUGUUUGAGUUCCUUUAAGGUGAUGGAUAAAGAUAUUAAAAGUCUUGACAAAUUGGACUGUUCAUGUAGUGGAACUACUGCUGUGGUUGCUAUAAGACAGGAUGAUGAUCUGAUUAUCGCUAAUCUUGGAGAUUCUCGAGCUGUACUAGGAAGAAAGACAGAGGAGGGAGCAAUUGAGGCUGUUCAGUUAACUACUGAUUUGAAGCCUAGCCUGCCUUCUGAAGCAGAAAGAAUAAGGAAGUGUGAUGGCAGAGUUCUUGCAUUGAAAGAAGAGCCACAUAUACAGAGAGUGUGGUUACCCCAUGAAGAUGUUCCUGGCUUGGCUAUGUCAAGAGCUUUUGGAGAUUUCAUGAUCAAAAACUAUGGCAUAAUCUCCAAGCCUGAUGUCUCCUAUCACCACAUUUCCCCAAAGGACCAGUUUCUUGUUCUAGCUACUGAUGGGGUGUGGGAUGUGCUGAGCAACGACCAAGUCAUCUCCAUAGUGUGUGCAACAAAUAAUGCAGCAGCAGCCGCAGAGGCAGUAGUACAAGCAUCUUUAGAUGCAUGGAAACAGAGGUUUCCAAACAGCAAGAGAGAUGACAGCACUGUCAUCUGCCUGUUCUUGCCAUAACGACUUGUUUCUCCAACAAAGAGUGCUUGAGCUAUGGCUAUAAGCAAAUACUGGCUUUUCUUAUUUUACUAAUUUCAGAAUGCAAUCACGGCAAUCAUGUCGGAUGUUUGAUGCACUUUGGAUGCCAUUAUUUUGUAUGCUGCUCUGCAAUUUAGUACACUAGUAUAUAUGGUCAAUCAUACUUAAUACAGUUGUUAC